AGUUCUGUUCAUUGACGAGACUACACAUUUCUAUCACUGACAUGAAGCAACAUAAAAGCUGCGCUGAGCCCCUGGCGAAGGCAGAAAUCCAUACCAUCGGUGUUGUCCUAUCGAAAUUUCUUUCGCUUUGCCUUCCUCCACAACCGACACGCCAUCGCCGUCCGUCCAGAGGGAACUCAUCAACUUGAUUUCUUCCCUUCUUCCGGUCUGCCUUCCUGCCUUUCCAUCAACUUUUGGUCGCUGGCCGGCACCGUAAACAGCCAUAAAGGCAAGCCCCCCCGCCCCCCCGUUCCAUCACCGACAAUCCCGCUGCACCAUUUUGUCCGUUUCCCUUGGGAAUUUCGCCUUCACCUGCAAAGCAUAUUUGUCCGUGCAGAAGGCCAGCUUUGCUCUUCCAUCUGCCAUCUCCAACUAGCUUGAGUUAGCUUUGUAGAGAUUUUUGCAAUCUCCAUAGGGGACCUCGGUUUGUCUGUUGUGGACCAAAUCGACUACAUUUCCAAACCGAGGAAACCCGGUCUCUACAAGCUUCGCACCUCCCUCCCCAACUCUGACCAUAAACGCCAUAGCAGUCAUACCUCAGCCACGAUGGGUCCGAAGACGCGCUCCUUCGGGCGCUACUACUUACGCUCGUUGAAGUUAGAAUCUCAGCAGGUUGCCACAAGGGUGCUCCAUCAUGCCUCAUCGCAAGAACCACCAACUAUCAAUGAGGAGCGGCGCCUUGAGGAGUUGCGAGCUCAAGGCCCCGUACUGGGCAAUGCCAAAGGAUUGGCCAUUGAUGUAAAUGACAUGGACGUAUCGUUGCAAUCAGGGAGAUCAUCAUCGCAGGCAUCCUCUUGUGACUCACGUCGGCGACAGAGGGAGGGACCCUUCAUGCAGGUACCCACAGAAAUUAGCAACUGCCUAUUUGCAAUAGCUCGUAGUUCUGCAGCGAGGGCAAAGUUGGAUGAGGUAUUGUAUGGGACCAGGAAGCGUGGUAAAGGUGAAACAAGCAGUGAAUCUGUUGGCAGUCAAUCUGAUGGCGGUGAAUCUGAUGGCAGUUUUGAGCGUCAAUCUCAUUGUGUCCGCCUGCUGGAAGGGAUUACCCCUCCGCUUCCAUCUGAGCAAUUUAAUCUUGCAUGGGAACGAUUGCUUGACAGGGCAGUUCAGAUGGACUUCCUUGCAAUGUCUGAAAGUCGCAGAACUGAAUGGGUGUGGAGUUUGCAUUGAGUUGGCAUAUGAGGCCUUGAGCGCUGCUAAUUAUUUUAUGCAUCAUAUCAUUCAGAGCGAUAAGCGGAAAUUUUCAAACAAGGGUACCGACGUUGUUGUCGGCUAUUCUUUAUGCUCAUAUUUUCCAUGUUUGGGUAUUUUUCGGAACUAUGUUAUUUCCAAUGUUAAUACUUUGCAUGCAUUUGUAAUUAACUGCUAACCCUGGGAAACAGUAUUUUAUUUUAUCCUGUUAUGUUACAUUAAUCAUCAUAUAUUGCUUGUUUGGGGUUAUGAUUC